AUGGGGCUGCUGACUGGGGAUAUGCUGGGGUCCCUGGCUGUGGCCGUGGCCAUCUUCCAGCUCCUGGUGGACCUGAUGCACAGGUGCAGACGCUGGGCUGCCCCUGUGGGCAACCUGCUGCAGAUGGAUUUCCAGAACACACUCUGCUACUUGGACCAGCUGCGGCGCGGCUUCGGGAACGUGUUCAGCCUGCAGCUGGGAUGGACGCCUGUGGUCGUGCUCAACAGCCUGGACGCCGGGCGCGAGGCACCGGUGUACCACAGCGAGGACACAGCUGAACGGCCGCCUAUGCGGGUCUAUGAGCACCUGGACUUCCGGCCGCCCUCCAAAGGGGUGAAUCCGGCGCGCUACCAGCGCGAGUGGCGCGAGCAGCGGCGCUUCUCCGUGUCCACCCUGCGCAACUUCGGCCCGGGCAAGAAGUCACUGGAGCAGUGGGUGAUCGAAGAGGCCUCGGGCCUCCGUGAAGCCUUCUCCGACCAUGCCGGUGAGACCUUCAGCCCCGGCGCCCGCGUGGAUAAAGCGGUGAGCAUCGUGAUCUCCUCCCUCACCUACGGGCGCCGUUUCGAGUACGACGACCCGCGCUUCCUCAAGCUGCUGGAACGACUGCCGGCGGGAGUGGAGGAGGCCCAGGGCUUCCUGCGCGAGAUCCUGAACUCGAUCCCGGAGCUCCUGCAUCCGGGGCUGCCCAGCAAGCUCUGCUCAGCACAGAAGACCCUCACGAUCCUAAUAGAUGAGCUAGUACAGGAACACAGGACGACCCGGGACCCAAUCCAGCCACCCCGAGACCUCACUGAUGCCUUCCUGGAUGAGGUGGAAAAGGCCAAGGGGAGCCCCAAGAGCAGCUUCAAUGAUGAGAACCUGGGCAUGGUGACAUCUGACCUUCUCGCUGCUGGGAUGGUGUCCGCCUCAGCCACGCUGACCUGGGCCCUGCUGCUCAUGAUCCUGCACCCGGACUCAGGCAGAGGUCGGAGCCCAGACCCCUGGGUUCUGACCACUGUGGGGAUGCCUGUCUGUCCAGCACGUGUCCAACAGGAGAUAGAUGAGGUGAUAGGGUGGGUGCAGGGACCAGAGAUGGGGGACCAGACCCGCACGCCCUUCACCAUGGCUGUGGUCCAUGAGGUGCAGCGUUUUGGGGACAUCAUCCCACGGGGCUUGCUUCGCGUGACGUCCCAAGACCCUGAAGUGCAGGGCUUCCUCAUCCCCAAGGGGACAAGACUUAUCACCAGCCUAUCGUCGGUGCUGAAGGACGAGAAGGUCUGGAAGAAGCCCCUCUGUUUCUAACCCGAGCACUUCCUGGAUGCCCAGGGCCGAUUCGUCAAGCAGGAGGCCUUCGUGCCCUUCUCCGCAGGCCGCCGCAUCUGCCUCGGAGAGCCCCUGGCCCGCAUGGAGCUCUUCCUCUUCUUCACCUGUCUCCCGCCACGCUUCAGCUUCUCCGUGCCUGCCGGACAGCCCCGGCCCAGCGACCACAGGGUCUUCUCCUUCCUGGUGACCGCAGCCCCCUCCCAGCUCUGUGCUGUGCCUCGCCAGGGGGAGGAAGCAUCCCCUCGCCACCGGCUCCUCAGUAGGGGCCUGAUGGGCCAAUAAACCAGUUGGGUGGCUCCAUCCUGGCUUCUGAGUCCCCUCAGGGCCCCCUGGCCAACCAUUGGCCAUGAUGGGGCCUUAGCAGCCUCCCCAGGGCCAUCCCCUACCCCCCUCUGAGCCAUCCUUACCUUGCAUUUGAUCCCAUUUGAGAGAUGGGGAUCCUGAGGGUCAGAAGAUCACAGCUUACCCCUAGUCACCCAUAGGGACCCAAUACUGGCAACUUGGGUUAGUGACAAUGUCUGUACUUAGGUCCUGGCUCAUGGCAGGAAGAGCUAGAACAAGCUGCUGAGAGCUCUCAGCCGGACCCUGGUGGGCGUGGGCAGGCCCCACUCAGCCUGGACACCCACAUCUCAGGUCCAACGCCACCCACUCCACCCCACGGGCCAGCAGCCCCGCCAGCACCACCUGCUCUUCUGUCCCACUUCAUCUACGACUCCCCCAAAGGUAGGGACUUCAGGGAUGGCCAUGAGGGUAUGGGCCAAGUUAACACCCAGGGCUCAGUCCACAGGUGCCAGAACUUUCCCUGGGAAGCCUUUGGCAGUCCAGGAGUGAGCCACCUCCCUGUCUUUCAGUCACCCCAAGCUAGGGGGGACCCCUUUCCCAGCCCCUCAGGGAUGCCUGUGUCCAGGCGGCCUGCCCAGAAGUUGCCAUUCACGGCCAGGCUAGAGUAGAAGGAGGGCCACUCAUCAGGGCUCCAACCUAGGGCACAGUCCUCUUGAGUGGUUGGGUCAAGCUGGGCUCUCAGGAGACUUGAGCAGGGGAAGGCAGUGAGACCUGUGGGCCCCAGGUAUACCCUAGAGACAGGCGGCAUCCUUGGACCCAUGUGACAGCGGAAUGGCCAGAGGAGGAAGUGGCCACGUGGAAACUUCGGAGGAGGACACCCUGGCUUUCAUCCUUGCUCUGCCGGGAUACUCUGUGACCCGGGGCCGGUUCCUCCCUGCCCUGGGCUUCUGUUUCCCCCUCAGCCAGUGAGAUGGUUGCACCAGAUGGCUGCUGGGGCUGGUGGUCCUGCUCUGACUUCUGGGCCCGUGACCCUGUUAGCCUGGAGCCCCGGCCGAGAGCAGGACUGCUGUCCUCCCCCUGUGCCCACCCCCACAAUUGGCUGGUUCUGGACUGAGCAGCUGGGCAGCACCCAUUUAGCCAGGUCUUGGGCAGGCCCCCUGGUGCAUUUAAGGAACAGUUUGGGGACCAGAGACAGGUCAGAGGCGCCUCACUCUGCCAGACCUCUUUUGCCAGAGGACACCCCUCCUCCGCCCCAGACCCAACAGCAUCCCUGACAGAGGUCCCCCCAGCACCUUCUAAAUGCGCUCACGACAUGGAGCUCCCUGGCUCUCCGCAUUCGGGGAACUCGCUCUGCCCUUC